AUGUCAAAGCAAUUUUAUUUCUUAAAAAAAGUGGUGCAGGGUGGGUUGGCAAAUGAUACAUUUUUGACAUUAUGGGACCUUCUAGAGUCCUGGACUUCUCAAAAUAACUGGAUGGCAAUCUUCUUUAUAAUUUUCCUGGGAAUUGUUUUUGAGAUCGUACUCCUAAAGAUUUGUACAGCCUUUCAGAAGAAGCCUGCACCUCCUUCAGAAAAGCAUAAUUCAGAUACCCUCAAGAAAGACAGUUGCCUGAAAAUCAUGAAAGUUGAUAAUUGGUCAGUUCAUUCAUCUUCAGAAGAAAGAGUUGAUGACUUUUCAGAAAGAACAGUGACUUCAUCACUUACAUCUGAAGGAAAUGAAGGUAACUUUGGAGACAGAGCUCCAUCGCCAGAUGAACCAACAUGGGAAAGUACCAGUGAAAGUAAAUAUCGAGUAAGUCACUUCAGUGAAAGUCAUAUGACAUCUUCAGAUGGGACUAGCUCGUCUGUGUCACUGUUUCAAUCAGAAGUACAGGAAGUUUUUCUAAAGCACAGAGGCUGUCCUGAAGUUGAACACAAAACAAUACAGUUUUCAUCAAAGAAAUUAUUUUCCAUAAUGAAAACCAAACAAAAUAAAAAUGUGAUGUUUUCUUCUGACUUUAACUUUUCAAGAACUUCUAGAAUCAUUACAGAAAGCGAAGAUCUAGAUGUGGCACCGUGUCCUCCAGCCCAUUUAUUUCUUUCUAGAGACCAAGUCAGACUUCUGGAAGAAAGUGUGAGAAAUCAAAUUCCUUUAAAAUCCAAAGCUACAUUAGAGAGUAAAACGGCCCAUCUGUACUCAAGAUCUCAAGAGCCCUUGAUUCAGAAUCAACAUUUUGUUAGAAUGGACAUUUCUGCUGAAGCACAAGAUUCUUCUCCAGGACAAAAUGAUAUUCAGAAUCAAGGUUUUUCUGAAGCCCAAUUUACUAGUCAAGCCCCCAGAUUUGCUAACAACCAGGAAGCAAUCACUAGCCAGCCUGAUAUCGAGGCCAGAGACUUUGCUCUGCCUCAAGAUUUGAUGAGGAAACCACUUUCCAGCAGGACACAAGACCCCUUCCAGACCCAAGAUGUGGACAGGAGCCAGCAUUUGGUCCAAGUCCCACAUUUUGUUGAGACUCAAGAUUCUAUCAAGGACCUAGAGUCUGAUGCAAAACACUCCGAUGAGGCCCAAUAUUCUUUUUGGUUUGAAGAUUCAAACAAGGUUAAGAAUUCAGUCCCAGGGCAAAAUACUGUUUUGAAUAAUGCCGGACAUCUAGCUUUCACUCUGAGCCCAAAUUCAGUUGCUAAAGUGAUGCCACAACACAAGAGUAUAAGGACAAAGGGCCAGAAACAAAUUGCUAGCUCAAAAUUAAACCAGUAUCCUGCAUACGGCUCAGUGCCUCUUCCACCUACUAUGACCAGGCAGAAAAACAGAAGAAAAACAAUACACACUAAAAGUAAAUUGAGUCUCAAAGUUCCAUCUCAAAAAUCAAACAAAACCCCAACUUCACGGGUAUUUCAAAUCACAGUCUGUCACACUUCAGAACAUAGCAAGUUAAGACACAAGUGUAAAACUAAGAAGAAAGAAUUACAUCAAAGAAAAGGUAUAUCAGGUAUAGCGUUGCGUCUUAUUUAUGUUUUCAAGCUUGUUCCUCCUUCUAUUAGGAAGUAUUCCAGGAAAAGACUAGUGAAAUCAAUGCCAGGUUUAACAGGAUGUAGACAUUUUCUGCUGAAGCAAAAUAAGUCACUAUAUGCAGAGAAACUCAACUACACAGAGUCUGUUGAGAAAAGGGGAACCUCAGGGAGUACUAAAAACAAAAAGCAGCUUGGCAGAGACAAUAAAGAACUAGAAAACAUUUCACCAAAAAUUCCACCUCAGCUAGAAGAGUCUUUCAUGGUCAAUACUUAUCAACGAAAAGCACCAUGUUCUUCAUUAAUAGACACAAACUGGAAGAGUAAAGAGUCUCUUAAAGAGCCAAUUAUACAAGCAAAGGAAAUGGAUAUUUCAGAGUUUUGUGCCCCAAAUAGUGAAAAAACAUUUGACCUGCAUAUUGCAAAGCAUGACACACCUUUAGAAGAAGCUAUAUCAGAACCUUUGCAGAGACUUGUUUCCUCUCCCAAAAUGGAGUCGGACAGAAGAAUGAAAACAUGGGAGGACCUAAAAAGUACAGAGAAGUCACAUCUUCCACUUUCAAGAGGAGAAAAGUUACCAACUAGUACAUCAGACAUGCAAAGGUGCUUUCCAAAGGGAAAUACCCAGAAAAAAGAAGAUUUUCUUGAAAUUGUUCUAGAGCCUGCAGAUGUCAACUUGUUCAUUUCACUAGGAACCAAAAAGCAUACAAGCAGUGAACAAUCAGCAAGUGUAGAAAUUCAAGAGAGUCCAGAAGGUGUAAUUGAGAAGAAAAAGAAACCAUUAAUAGUUGAUGUUAUAGACGAUGGUGACCUAAGUGGAAGUGAGAAACUCGAAUGCAACACUAGAAGCAGCAUAAAAAAUAGGCGAGAUGAAAGAACAUCUGAUGCAUUUCACGAUGUCACUCACACUGCCCUUUCUGAACCACCUCUUAUGGAAAUGAAGAGUGGAUUAAAAACCAAGACAGAUACAUCAGGAAUAGGGCUUAGUCAUUCAGCGGUAAAGCCAGACGAAUUACCAGAUGACAAGAAACCAUGGAGUGCAGAAUACAUUAAGAAGAGAUGUAUAUUUAAAAAACCACAAGAACAUGACAGAGAGGAAGAACAACAGGCUCUGCGAGAAGCAGUUCCACAGCUGACACCAGGUUUCAGGUUCAGCCUAAAACUAAAGCAGAAGCCCAAGUAUGUCAAAGUUGAAAUAGGACAGAGCAGCUCAGAAAGUAGAACAACUCAAGAUAAAGAGCUAGAGGUACAACCACAAGCUCUUUCUAUAGAAACGGUUGUGGGGACUAGUCCCCUCCCCACAGUGGAUCCAUUUCAAGUUGAGAAGGUGAAGCAAAGCACAGACAGACCUACAGGCAGCGAAACUGCAGAUCCAACGCAUCCUCUGAUAGUGUCAGAGAGCUUGCCAGUUGGCAAAAUUUUAACUGAAACCACAGGUCAUGGUGUCCCAUUGGGUGGAAGCCCUGGAAAGCCCCUGGGUGGUCAGAUUGCAGAAGAAAAGGAAGACUUAAAAAGAAUUUUACCUGAAGUUGCCCUGGGGUCUUUCCAUAGGUAUACAAUCCCUUUAUCAAAUGUGAAAAAGCAGAAAAUCAGAAAAAAAUUACCAGGAACCCAAAAUGUACUCGGUCUCAAAAGAGUAAUUAUGAAAGUAAGGAAGUCACCAGUACAUCGUAGAAGAAGAUUGAGAGGUGAUUUCAAAAUCAUGAUUAAACAAAUCCUGCAAGAUAAAACUGUGACAGAUAUGCUUCUGAAUGUUAUUGACCCUCACGUGUCUAUUUUGCCUCAUAUUAGAACACACAGCAGAUUCAAUGCAGGGAAUCAAGGUUGUACUAAGCUGAAACAAGAGAUAGCAGAAGUUGAAAGAGAAGAAGAGUUUUCAGAUACCAUUAGUAAAGGAAGUGACUCCGGAAACACACUAGAAGCAGCUAAACUGCAAGAUGAAGUGAGAGGGGACCAAGAAGCUUCACCAGAAGCAGUCCUUGAGGAUGGCUGGAACCUCAGAUUGGAUGCAUGUACAGAGAAAGAGCUUAAAACAGAGAAAGAAAUGCAACAACCAAUCAUAUCCGCAGAAGUCAUGAUGGAGUCUUUUUACUCAGCCAUAAUGGAGCCAUUUCAUGUUGAGAAUAUGAAGAAAAGCCGGACCACGCCAGCAGAUUUAAGAUGCACAGCAGAUUCCAAGAUGCCUCCUCCAGCAUCAGAAAAAUCGCUGAUUGAAGACCCUUUAAACCAAACAAGAGAAAGUGCUGUUCCAGGUUAUGGAAGUGAUACAGGGGAAAUGGGUUAUUCUUUUACAGAAACAAAGGCGGAAUUACCCAAAGAUUUACCAGCAAUUUCCCCAGAGACUUUUAAUUGCCACAUGCCUGUUUUAUCUCAUCCUAAAGAAGUAAAGAAAAAUAGAGUAAGAUUCUCACACCUAGAAUGUAGAGUGAAGUCCAAGUCUGUACAUAUGAAGGCAUCAAAGCCAUCAAUUUCACAAAUAUGUAAUAUCACAGGUCAUAGAAAGAAACUGAAAUCUGACUUUAAGGCCAAGUUUGAAAAGAUCAACCAAGCUAACGGACUGCUAUAUGAAUUUCUAAACACCCUUUACUCUCCUGUGCAUAGCAGGUUACAAGGAGAGACACACAGUUUCUACCAUGCUCAGGUAAAUCUCCAGGUACCAGCAGGUGAGGGGAGACCACAGUAUGUUGAUUUCUUUGACAAGCGUAGUGCAUUCUAUGACAGAGAAGAAAAAGUACAAGAUGGAGAGGAAGAGGAGCAAAAAACUUUACAAAUAACAGCUCCGCAGCCUACCCAGUACCUCUGGAUGGAUGGAUGUCAAGGGAAAGAGACCCACCUUGCCAAACCAGACCCAGCACUGGACCGUUUAACACAGGAGCAAGGUAUACAGCACCAAACAUGCUUUACACAAACUGCUUUGCAGACUGGCCUCCAGAUGGGUCCUCGAGAAGCUAAGGGAUUCCAGAAGACCACCAAACCAGAAGAUGACGGAACAGCCCCUACAGGCCUGGAGAUUCCACCUCCCGAGGCAGGGAACUCUCCAGAGAACAGACAGGGCUUCAUAUUCAAUAUGUAUCAGAAGAAGGAUCAUGACCUUGUCAAGUCAGAUGAGGAACUGAAACAACCAGGAAGUAUAAAUAUUCGGGUACAGCCACAAACACAUUUUGCACAGACUGUUUUGAGCUCUGCUUCAUACUCUGCACUGGAUCAGAUGCAACUUAGAAAGCUAGAGAGCUAUGCAAGGUUUUCACCUCCAGUGUCAGGAGAAGCCAAGAUUGACGAACAAAUGUUUUCUGCAAGAGAAUGUGGUGUUCCAUGUGAUGUAAACCAUUGGAAGGAGCCAGCUGGUGGUAUUGAAAGGAAAGAGACAGUGACUUCAGAUUUCUGCAUGACUGCUUUAUCUAUAUCCAAAAGCAAGAGAAACUUCAAACAAUAUUCAGACAUGAAAACUUUAAUGAAUCCCAGAUGUGGAAUUUUAAAAGCAGAGAAACCAUCAAUUUCACACAUGCUCAAUAUCAAAGGUGGUGCUAGCCCUUAUCACAGAAAAGAACUGAGAUAUAACUUAACACCCAAAAUGAAAGAGGUAGAUCCAGGUAAAAAAAUGGCAGACAACAGGUACUCCCUCACGACUGCCAUACCUGCCGUUAAUAGGUAUAGCAAGAGAGAAAGGGAAAAAAACACGUUAGGAGAAAAAAGAUUCAGUUCUAAACAAGUAAAGCCAGAGGCAUCACCACAUGAAGGUACUGUGACUCCAGAUGACACCGAAGAUGCUGAUCUUCAAGAUGAAGAGGGAAAAGAAAGUGACCAGGAGAUGUUAUUAAAAAUAAUUCCACAGCACAGCCAACAUUUCAUAUUCUGUUCAGGCCAGAGGAAUGAGCUUGACCUUCAUAAGACGGCAAACAAAGGACGCGGGAAAAUGCUGUUUGUUAUAGAACAAGACAUCCCACAACAAACGCCGCCUCCAGGUCCAACGCAGGCAGAGGGGCCAGAGAGAAGCCAGCAGACACAGGAUGUCACAGUGUGGUCAGAGAGCUCAGCCCUUCCCCUUCUAAAGUCAAAGGAAUCACCAACUGGUCUAGUCUUAAGCAAUAAAAUGAACUGUCCUGUCCCAAGUGAUGCGAGCCAUACAGGGGGACUAUACGAUUGUGGUAAAGAGGGAAAGGCAGAGUUGAGAGAAGAUCUACAAGCAGCUGUCCUGGAGUUUUUGGAUGCCUCCACACCUGAUCUAUCUGAAUCUAAAAGGCAGAGAAAGACGUGUAUAUGUAGAGCCUUAAGAAGUAAAAUGAGUCCCAAAUGUGUUAUGUUGAAGGCAAGGAAGGCACCGAUUUCACAGAUAUUUAAUAUCCCUGGGAAUGGUCGUCUAAAAACCCUACCUCCCAAAACUCUGAAAUCACAGCUUGUUGACUUUGUAUUUCAAAUAAAAUACUCUGGGGUACUGGAAGAUCUUACUGCAGAGGGACGGAAAGGAGUAGCCCAAGAGUUACCAGCAGCAAUUCCGGAGGUUUUGGAUUUAUCCACACUUGCUUUACCUGUGUCGGAAAGAAACAGAAACAACUCAAAACUUAGAGACAAGAGAAAUAAAAUGAGUCCCAAAUGUGUAACUUUGAAGGCAAAGAAGACACCAGUUUCCAAGACAUUUAACAUCACAAAACGCAGUGCACCAAGCCAUAGUAGGCAAUUCGAAUGCAAAUUCAAAACCACAAAGAAACAAGGUCAAUCUGUGGCAGCCGUCACCCUGAAUGGCAUUUCCUCCCCUGGGCUGGUUUCUCUGGACAUGAUAGUGCAUAACAGAAGCAAAGGAGAGACAGACAUGCCGUGGAAGACGGGGUUCAGUCAUGAGCUGCAACUCCAAGGGCAGUGGCCGGAUGGAGAGAGAGCCCGGUAUCCCAAUUCCAGGGCUUCCCUACAACUUGAAGAAGAAGAGGAAGACAUAAAAACUCGAACGGUAACAAAAUACACAGUUGAUCACAAUAUCCCAUCUCCCAAGUCAAGGAUCUCAGUGCUUGGAAUUCCUUAUAAUGAAAGGAAAGUGGGUGGUCGUAUUAGCAAGAAACAUAAAGAGCUGCCAAGAGAUUUACUAACAAUAUCCAUGAUGUUUGCUUUAUCUGAAUCUAAAAGGCAGAAAAAAGCAUUAAAAUUUCCAGGAAGGAAAGAUCUUAUGGGUCCCAAACGUAUAAUCAAGAAGGCAAAGAAGCCUCUUUUUUCACAGGUGCUUAAUAUCACUGAGGAUGGUCAUCUGUACUGUAGAAAGGAACAGGAAUGCCAUUUAAAGUCCAUGAUACAAGACAUGCAACCAAAUAGAAGUAUAGCAGAUACAUUUUUAUCUCCCACACCUGUUUCCACUGAUAACGAAAUAGAUAUUGAAAUUGACAGCACACCCAAAACAGGGGCAGAUCAACCAAGAGUAAAAAUACACAACCACACCUAUCCAGAGCUAGAGAAAGCACCAAGUGAUGGGGAAGCACGGGAGGCCAAUUUGACUGAUACACAAAGCAGACCCAGCAGCAAAGGGAAAAUGAAUGUGCCGCACGAAGAGGGAGAGGAAAAUAUCCCGAAAAUGUUAGCCGCAUCAGUUCCACACUACAGCCAACACUUCUGUUCCAGUUCCCAUCAUGUGAAAAAUCUUGGCCCUUGCCAAUCAAAAUCUAAACUGAAUAGUUCAGAAGGCAGAAGGAUCUGGAAUUUGUCUUGUGCCUUGCAAAAUAUGAGGCAAGAAGAACACGUUAGAGAAACUAUUUCAGAGCACGUUUCUAGAAACGUGAUGAAUUUUAUUCAAGUACAAACAUUGAAGAAAAGUCUUCAUUCUCAAGAGGGAAUACAAUAUAUGGUCGAUCUAAAGACCUCAUUUCCAAAAGCAAGAAAAUCAGAGACUUGUUUCACACAAUGCAAUGGUCUCUGGGAUGGAAAUCCUACGAGGAAAUGGGGUAGUCCCAUUUCUAAGAAAAAGGCAUGGCGUCAAAGUGACUUCAUAAGAACAGUCUUAAAGCCUUUAGAUUUCUCCAGCCUUGAUUCAUCUGAACCCAAAAGCCAGAGUUACGUAUUAGAGGUUGUAGACAAGAAGAGUACAACGUGUCCCAAGCAGGUACCUCUGAAGGCGGAGAAACUACCCAUUUUACAGGUGCGUAAUAGCACAAGGUGUCUUACAGGAAGCCGCAGAAAGAAAAAUCACAAAUUUAAGUACAAGACAAGAGGGAGGCAAUGGAACGAAAUUGUGAGAGAGACAUUACUCCGCCCCACGGAGGGAGCUAAGAUCCCACCGUCCCAGUUGGUGAUUGAUAACCUCUCAUUGAAUACAGCAGCAAGGAGCACUCUGUACAACAACAGGACACUUCACAAAAACCUGGGUGGUCUUAUUACAGAGCAAAAGGCAGAGUCGGAGGAAGACUUAGCCCCAGCUCUUUUAGGGCCUUUAGAUUUAUUCGCGCCUGUUUUAUCUGACUCUGAAAGCCAGAUAAACACAGUACAAGAGAAAACCAUAUUGAAUCUCAAAUGUUUCGCUAUGAAGAAAAAGGAGCCAUUCAGUUUACAGAUAGUUAAAAUCAAUAAGCAGUUUGCCACAAAACAGAGGACAAAACUUAGAUCCAAUUUAGAAACCAAAAUGAAAGAGAUCUGGCAAGGUAAGAGUGUGGCUGACAUAUUUACAAAUGUGAAUAUGCCGAUUUACUUCGCAUCGGAUACCUCUGACACUAAAAGGCAAAGCAGACUCAAAACAGAGAUAGACAGAGUAUCAAGGUUUAGUCCUUUACAGUCAACAUACAUGAAGUUGCCAGUGGAAGGCCGAGUGAUUUUACAGUCGCUUAAUGCCGCAGGUCAUGCUGCUUUAAGCAUCAGUAAGGGACAGGAACAGGAGACAGAGAGAGAAAAAACCGUGCUAAACGCAGACCUAAAAUCUACAGAUGCUUCUGCGUCUGUUCCACUGCACAUCAGAAUGGAGCAGUCACCCAGUACCUGGGGUAAAUAUGGAGAAUCUUCUGAAAAGAGAAACGCCCUAAACAAAGCAAAGCUUACAGAGAAAGAAGAGUAUGAACAACAGGUUUUGUCUGGAACACCUCCACAAUAUACCCAGCCAUGUGGGUUUCUGCAAAAGAAACAGCAAGAACCAUGUGUCUCAGGAACCACCCAGAAUCCUGCUUAUGCUUACAGUCCUAAGGGCCCUAAAAUCAUAAAACGUAAAGCUAAUGCAACAGCAGCCAGUGUGAAAAAGACUACGCAUACCAAACAGGUAAAAUCGAAGGCAGAGAAACCACCUGUUUCCCUGAUGGGUAACACGACAGAAUAUGGUACCCAAAGCAAAGCAAAGGAAACGAGGUGUAACAUCAAGAAACAGAAGCCAGGGGUGCAGCAUGGUAAAGCUGAGGCAGAGUUAGUUCUGAAAACUGUUUGUGACUCUGGGUCUGUUCCAUCUCAAAUUCAAGGGUUGAUGGAAGCGGAAAGGGAGAAAGGCAAGUCACAAAGGCUGACGCACAUCCCUCCACAGCCAAAGCUGGAGAAAUCACGAAACAGAAGACAAAUAGCAUUUUCACCGUCCAUGGCUAAGAGUGCUACGUCACGAAAUAUCAAAACAGUGAAACAGUAUAUUAGAGAGCAAGAAAAAAACUACCAAAUUGCUUCACUGGACGUUCUCCCACAAUGUAGAUAUCGCUUCGUGCUGAGUCAGCAACUGAAGAAGGAGCCUGACCAUGUCAAGUCCACAGUAGAUUUGAAAAGAGAAGUAUAUCCUGAUUCACCUUCACAAAAGAAGGAGACAAACUGCACUAGGUUUGACAUCUCAAGAAUUAGAUUACACACAAAACACAAAUUCCUCAUCACACCAGGAGUAAAGGAGGGAGAUGGAGACACGGCCCAGCGUCCAUUUUCAACUCCACAGUGGAGAGAAACAUCCAAGAAAAUGGACUUUUCGUUCAUUUCAAAAGGACAGGAUAUGUUUCUUCCAGAGCUGGAUGCUUCUCAACAGAAGACUUGCAAGAAGCAGGAACUGCUGAAACAAGGAAGUAUUUCAGGGACACACCUGGAGCCUACUUUGUACCCCAUUAUGGAAAGUCCUUAUUUGGAAAAUACAGGAAAGGUCUCUGAGGAAGAUACGUGCGUUGACAGAAAAAAUAUUUCACAUCUAUUGGCAAGAGAAGGUUUAAGAGAAACUGAUAUCUUACGAGGUUCAAAUGAACAGACAUUUCUUUGCCGCAGUGGGGAACCUCUUCAUGUAAAAGAGGCAGUAAAUGCAACAGGGAAAGAAAAUGUUAACAUCUCUAUCGUUUCAAGUGUAAAUCCAUGGAGAAAAGAGAAACCGAAGUUAACGGAUAUUCUGUUAAAAUCAAAUGGACAGAAAAUAAACUUUUCCAAAAAAUGGAGGGCAAAGCAACGAAAUAGUUGUAACCAGAAGAAAGAAAACCUUCUGGAAACCAUUUCCUCUUGCAUAGUGCUUCAACUCUAUACUGAAAAGCAAAAGAAAGAAGUCGCAGCCCUGAGUUCAACAGUUUUGCGCCUGAUGGUAGAGAAUGCAUCACACAAAGCAGGUCAACUUCCAUGCCCAGAAGGAAUUAAUUUGCAUAUUGGAGGAAGGAAAGAACAACAAGAAAAUACAUGCAAGGCUCUUCCAACAUCUGUUUCUCAUUCUUUGAUGGAUAUACUUCAGAUUAAAUUGCCAAGGGUAACAAAAGCAUUAAAGGAAGUAGAUAGUCCAACGUACCACACUUCAAAUACAGAAGGAAUUGGCUUGCCUAUUGCAGGAAGAGAAGAAGAGCAACCAGCAUGUAUGCAACAUAUUUGUCCAAAUCUUGCUUCUGACCCUUCGAGAGAUAUAUUUCAAAGUAAGAUGCCAUGUAAAAAGAAGGCAUCGGAAGAAGUAGUUAGUACUGUGGAUUACACUCCAAGUGCAGAAGGAACUGGUUUGCUUAUUACAGGAAAGGGAGACCAGCAAGAGAAAUGUAUGUAUGAGGUGCUUCGAAAGUCUGCGUCUCACUCCCAAGCAGGUCCAUGUCGAAUUGAUACCCCAGUGCAAGAAGUAAAAAUAGGUGGCAAAAAUAAGAUGAAUUGUGAAUAUUCAGCUCCACAGGCUAAGGAAGCUUUAAAAGGAAUGGAUGUUAUUGUUGGAUAUAUUCCAAAAAAUGAAAAAAGACGAAACUUACCCAGUACAGAACAAAGCCAGCAGCACCUGCUGAUUCCCUCUGAGAAUUUUCUUGAGCAUACAUCUUACCCUCCAAAUGAACCCUGGCUCCCAACACACGUAAUGCCUCCAACAAAGGAAGCAUUAUCAGAAGUAGGUAAUGCGUCAAGCAGGACAAAAGAAUUAGACUUGAUUUCUAAAGAUCACCUAAAUGCCGGAUGUGGGUAUGGCCUGGAGUGGACUGUACCCUCAGUUCCUCCAAGGCAAAUGACAAAACAAAAUACAAGCCCGCCUUUAGAGUCAUUCGGUAAAACUGUAAAAUAUCAGAAUGUCUCAUUGCCGAAAGGAAAGAAAUUGGAUGGAGCACAGGUAAUUGAUUCAGUAUCAAAUGUUAGCUCCCCCAAGCUAAGAGUUAGAAAGAAGGUGCAGUUACAUAAAACAUGUCAAAAAAAUGUACACAAAGAGGUAUACCUACCUGGAUUAUUUUCACAUUCUCUUUCUAUCCACAUGACUCUUUUGCCUGAAAAUAAAAGACAGAAGAAUGACUUAAAACAAGGAGCUAAGAAAGUCAUAAUAGGCCCCCAAAGAACUUCAGAGAAAUUGGUAUUUUCAAAUAUAUUUAAUAUCACUGACUAUGGUAGCCCAGGCAGCAGACCAGAACUACAGUGGAGCAUAAGAGAGAAAAUGGUAAAUAUAAAACAUAGAAAGGUCAAACCCCAUGUGGUUGUGAGAAACAUAUGUGAGUUCAUCCCUUCUUUACCUUACCUCAAAUUGAAUAAAAAGACAACUGAUGAGAUUAUCUCAAAUAAUGUAAAAGGAAUAAAACAACCUAUAUCACAGAAAAAGGGGGAUAGGAUAAAAGGAGUUAAUAUGAAAGGAAUAAUGGAUCCCAAUGUUAUCAUGAAGGCAAAAAUAUCAUCACUGUCACAUAUACUCAUUGAACAGGAAUUGCCAGGGCUGCUGAACAUUACAAAACAAGAGAGCAAGGUGCAGAUAAAUAAAGGUAAAUCAGGGGUGAAACUGACCAACUUGUUUACUUCCUUACCAUCUUUAUCACAUCCUGAUUUGAAUUCAAGAACAAAAGCAGGACCAGAUGAGUCAGGAACACCGUGGAACUGCCUUCCACCACUAAAGAUCCAGACAUCAUCAAAUAUCAGGAAAACAUCGUUUGCAGAGUCAAUUGAUAGAGAUAGCUUAAGCAACAUAAUAGAAUCCAAACAACAUUUGCCACAGAAAAAGAAGGAAGAUGGAGACAAUAUGGUAUAUAUGAAAAAUAUAAGGGGCUCCAAAUGCGCCCCUUUUGAAAGAAAGAAAAAACUUUUAAAAUAUACAUUGCAUAGAAACAAACCACAGUGGGACAAUAAAGAACAGGAGAAAAUGAUACAGGACGAUAACAGUGAUAUAGAUGUAGUUCAGAAUAAGCCCCAUGUUUCCAUCCCGUCUUCGCCUCACCUGGAACAGGGUCCUGGAAUAAAAGAACAGGCAUACAUGCGAGGAGUAUCGAGGUUCUGCCUUCCACCAUUGACGCUCCAGGAAUUGUCAGAUGCGGUGAUAACACGUGAGGAGCCAACUGAUGAUAUUUUAAGCAGUAUAAAAAGAUCAAAAUAUAUGCCACAGGAAAAUGAAAAUAAAGUGGAAAUGGCUUUGGAAGAGAUAAGGUAUCCCAAAAGAAUAGCUUUGGAGGCGAACCAGUCUCCAGUUGCACGGGAAUUACAGUUGAACAUCAAAGAAAAAGAGGAAAAGAUGCAGGCAGAUAAAGAUGAACAAGUUGGGAUUCAGAGAAAAUCUUGUGUUUCCAUCUCUUUACCACCUUACUCUGAAGUGGACAUAAGAAGGGAAGGAGAAGCAGUCAUGCUAAGAAAACCAAGAUCCUCUUUUCUACAACCAAAAUUCCAGGAGUCAUCAGAUAUGGGAAACAUAGCAUAUAAAAAGCCUGUUUAUGGUAAUAUCUCAAACAGUCUAAAAAAAGCCAAGGAACAUAUAAUGCAAGAAGAAGAGGGCAGAGUAAAAAUGGCAAAAGUCCUAACUUUGGAGAAAAAGAAAUCACCAAUUUCACAGGAAAUCCAGGACAUCAAAGAGCAAAAGAAAAAGAUACAGAGAAUUCAGGGUGAACCAAGUGUGGUUUUGACCUGUGCUUCCAUACCUGCUACUUCUUUUAAAUUGGAUACAAGAAUAAAAGAGGCAGACUACAGAAAUGAAGUAACAAGAUACUCCCUUCCGGAACUAUCACACCAGAAAUCAUCAGAUGUAGUGAAAAAUGCAAAUAAAGAGUCCAUCGAGGGUGAUAUCACAAGUGCUGUACAAGCAGCAAACGAACAUAUGCCCCAGAAAGGAAAGGCUAGAGGAAAAAUAGCAAAUAUGAAAUAUAUAAUGUACUCUGAAGGGACAACUUCCAAGGCAAAGGUAUUACCACUUCUACAUGUACCCAAUGACCUCGGGAGGUGUAGCCCCCAAAUUAGAGAAGUACAGACACACAGAAGAGAAGACUUGGGACAUGUACGGGAAAGAAGUGAACUAGAUGAGGUUCUGAUAGGACCUUGUCUUCAUCACUUUACAUUAAACAAAGUUACAGAAGGCAAGAGAGAGCAGCAAGGAAUAAUGAAACCCUGUAUUCCAUCCUCAUGGUACAGAGAAUCAUCAAAUGCAGAGAAAUUAAAAUAUACAGUGUCACCUGUGAAUGAUACCUCAAGUGAUUCCAGAAGAACAAAAUACAUGACACAGAAAGAAGAGGAGAAAGCAAAUAUUUUUGUGAGAGACCUGAUGCAUCCCAAGUGCUUAGCUCUGAAGGCAAAGAAAUUAUCCCUUUUCCAUAUACUCAAAGCAAAUAAACUGCAAGUGAACAUCAAAGAGCAAGUGAGAAGGGGGCAGGAAGGUAGAAGGGACACAGUUGUGCUUCUGAGCAAAAUCUGUCCUUUUGUCACUUCUUCGGUUCAUCUUAAAUUUGACACAAUAACAGAAGAAGGUGGUCCAGGAAUCAUAAGGAAUCACGUGCCAUCUCCUGAGCUCCAGGACUCAUUGCCUUCAGGGCGAUCAGCACCUCCAAAGUCAACUGGUAGCCACAGAAAGAGAGGAAAACAGCAUCCAGCACUGAAAGAAAAGGACAGAGUGCAAACAGCAGCUGUGAGCAGCUCAGUGCGCUACAGUGGCACAGAUUUCAAGGCAAAGACAUCAUCCCCUCCUCAUGUGGCCAGUGUUGCUGAGUACGGUGCUCUCAGUAAGAGAAAGGAAGUACGGCUGAGCGCUGAGGAGAGUGUAGAACAGGGGCAGGGAAGAACAGGAGACCUCGAUGGGGCUCCAGCAAAGCCUCCUCCUUCCCCGCCUUCUCCAUCUCACCAUAGAUUGGAUGCAGGAACCAAAGGAGGCGAAGACUUGCCUACAGUUGCAGGAUUCUCUCCUUCACCAUUUCAGCUCCCUGAGUCAUCAGGUGCAAGGAAAAUCAGACAUGCACAUUCCAGUCAAGGUAUUAGCUCAUGUAACAUAAUAAUAAAAGGAUAUACACCAUAUAAAGAGACAAAGGUCAGAGUAAAAACAAAAGAUGUGAGAGACAGACUAUACCCCAAAAUAAUAACUUUGGAGGCCCAUACAUCACUUACACACCUCCUCAGUAGAAACAGACUACCACUGAAUGUCAAAGAACAAGGGCAGGAAGUGCAGGAUGGCAAAGGGGAGCCAGAAAUGGCUCUGAGGGAAACUCGUGCCUCCUUACUGUCUCCAUCUUACCUAAAACGGGACACUAGCAGGAAUGAAAAGAAAGACACAGAAAGAAUAACACGAUCCUGUUUUCCACCACUGAAGAUUUAUGAUCCAUUCAAUCCAAGCACAAAAGCAGAUGCUAAGUCAUUUGAUGGUUAUCUGAUAAAAGACAAAGAUAGACUCAAAACAGAUAUUGAAGACAAAGUGCUCCCAAGGGAAAAAGCAGAUACUAGGUCAUGUGCUGGUUAUAUGUCAGAAGAGAAAGCUAGACUCAAAACAGAUACUGAAGACAAAGUGCCCCCAAUAUCUAUGAAUCCGAAGGCAAACGAAUUACCACUUUCACAUAUACAUGAUACCAAAGAACUGCCAUGGAAAAUUAAAGAGCAAAAGAGAAAGGUACAGAGAGAGGAGAGUGAACUAGUUACAAAACUGAAAAACAUUUGUACUUCUUUACUGACUCUACCAUAUCUUAAAUCUGAUACAACAGGAGAGGGGUACAUGAUAAGAAUUACAAAAUUGCCUUUCCCACAAGCACAGUCCAAGGAAUCGUCAGAAUAUGCUGAAACCAAUGAUGGAGAACUUUCAAAAGAUGUAAAAAAAUUAAAAGAACACAUGCUACACAAAGAAAAGAAGGAGAGAGAGAGAAAUAUGGAUAUGAAUAGUAGAGUGGACCCCAAUAAUAUGGAUUUGGAAGCAAAGAAAUCACCUAUUUUAUUUACAUCCAAUCUAAGUGACCUUCAGUGGAAAACUAAAGGGCAAGAAGAGAAGGUUCAGGAAGAUAAACAGGAGCCAGGUGAUGCAACGCUGACUGAGACCUGCACUUCUACAUCUUCUCCUCUCCCCCUUGACGAAAACACCAGCAUCAGAGAAGAGGGCCAACAUUUGCCCCAGAACAAGGAAGAGGAUGGAGUAGAAAGAGGAAACCUCAUGUCCCCCAAACAUCAAGGAAAGGAGAUGCAGGAUAGUAAAGAUGGACCAGGUAUGGUUCUGACCAAAUCUUCUAUUUCAUCACCAUCUCUCUCUGCCCCCAAAUUGGAUAAAGGAGUACAAGUCAACGAUGAAAUGCUAGCACUUAAAAGGUCUGUUUUGACCAGAAUAUCAAAUGCAGGGCAAAUGGUAUGUACACAUUCAGUUAGUGGUGAUACCAUGAAAGAUGUUCAAAACGAGAAAGAAGAGAGGGACACAGUAAAAACAGUAGAUAGGAGAGGUGUGGCGCACAGCAAAGGUAUAACUUUGAAGUCCAAGAAAUCACCUUCUUCAUAUGUACUCCACAGAACAGAAUUGCAUCUGAACGUUGGAGGGAUAGAGCAAAAGAAACAGGAAAGUCAAGGUAAACCACCCGGUACGGUGGUAAGAAAAAUUUAUGUUUCCAAACCUCCAACUAAACUGAAAUUAGAUAAAGGUACACAAGUAGAUGAAGGAAAGCUUGGAAUUAAAAAACCCUCUCUACUUCCACGAAUGCUUUCAGCAUUAUCAGAUGCAAAGAAGAGACCAGAUACAAAGGGAAUUGGUGGUGAUGUAAUAAAAAGAAAACAACAUAUGUCAGAGAAAGAAAAAAAGUACGAUGUGAAAGAAGUAGAUAUGAGGCUCAGGACACAUCUCAAAGAGGCAACAAUUUCACCAAUUCUACACAUCCUUAGUGCAGAGGAAUUUGUGUUGAAUGUUAUUAAAAAGCCAGGGGGAAAAGUGCGCAAAGGUAAAGAUGAACCACAUAUGGUUCCGACAAGGACUUUUCUUUCCAUCCCAUCAGCACCUCUUUAUCUAGAUUCAGCGAGCAAAAUAGACAAAGACGCACCAGGAAUCAUGGGAUCCUCUCACCCACAGCAAAAUCUCCAGGAAUCAUUAGAUACCCAGAAAACAGCAGUUAGAAAGUCAGCUGCUGGUCAGCAUGAAAUUGUCAAAAAUGCAGAACACCCAGAGCCGAAAGAGGCCAUGCAACAGUGGACCUCAAACUUCAUGCUCAGCGUACAGCAAAGGAAGGAAGCUCCACGAGUCAAAUCUGAAGGAGAUUUGAGUCAGUUCUUUUCAAAUUCACAGCCUGAGGACUUUUAUUUCACAGGAUUUGGUACCAUAAGAAGUGGGAAAAGAUUGGAAUGUCUCUUUACAGGGCCAGAGGCUCAUCAAGAAAAGUACAAACCAGAAACUUUUACUACAGUUCUUUCCUUCCCCAUGAUGGAUCUGACGAAAAUCGAAAAUCUGAAGAAAGAAAUGGAAAUAAUGAACAACUUAAACCAUAAAAUAAGUCCUCAGGUUUUAGUUUCAGUGCCAAGGAAACUAUCCAAGGACAUAUAUGCCACACUUAGCUCCCCUAUCAGUUCAGAAGGCUUUUCCACUCCAGAGCAAGGUGCCUACCAACAAGAAACUUUAUCAAAAGCAACUCCAGGAUCUGAAGAUCCAUGUAAAUUCGAUAAGCCUGAGGAAGACAGACGAGAUAAUGAAAAAAUAAGUGAAAUGUCCCCUCCCAAAGUGUUAGCACCACAGACAAAAGAAUCACUUGAGAAAAUGAAUAUCACAGAGUCAAAUGACCCCCAAAAUAUAGAACAAGAAAUUGUUAUGAAAAAGCAAGUGGUGCUGCGGUCUGGGAGUGGACAGAAGACCAGGGUGGAUUCUAGCCUUUCCCUGAAGAUUCCACUUCAGAAUGUAAAGCAGAGGACACCAUUGGAAACCGGCAUGCACAAGCAAACUACAGUGUAUCCUGGAAUACAAAUACUACCAGCAAUACACAUGGAUAUUACAGAGUUUGAUGCCCAAAAAGGGAAAAAAGAGCAGACAUUGCUUGUUCCAGAGCAAGAGGGACACAGUCUAGAAUCACUUCAAAAGUCUAUUUCCUCUCGCUGGGCUUUUCCACUUCAAUCUGGAGAUCUGGAGGAGAAAAACAAAACUGACACAGGCUCUGCUAGAAAUCUGGAGCAAAAAAUAUUAGAAAUGAAAGAAAGGGUAUUAAAAAUAGACACAAACAUAGCUGUCCAUCUGGAAGAGGACAAAAUAGAAAUGCACAAACACACCGUUGUUAAUCUGGAGAAGGAGACAAUAAAAAUGGACACGAUCAGUACAGUAAACCUGAAUAUGACAUCUCUGAAGGCAGAGGAACCUCAAAUGAAGAGUCAGGUAAUCACCCAUACGGCAAACAGCUGCCCAGUCAAGCAAAAACAUAAAAAGGAACGAGAAGCGUCUGGUGCAAAACAAACCAUUCAGCUACAAAAAAUGUUUCAAAAACAUGUUCUAGAUUCAUUUUAUGCCUAUAUUCCUCUUUCUCCAAAAUUUGGAGGCCAGAAAGGCAGAUUAACAAUAGCAGACUUGAAAAGAGAAUUGAACACCAAAUGUUUAAAUAUGGAAACCCCAAAGCAUCCAGUUCUACAGAUUCUGGGCAACACGGGACAUGGUACUCCAAGCAAUCGGAAGAAAUUAGAGUAUAACUUUAACAGACCAAAGAAAAUAGCUUUGUGGAGAGAAGGUGCCUCAGGGAUAUUUAUCAGAAGCCUUUCUAUUGCCAUGAUGCAUCCGUCUCAGACUAAAGAAACAGUAAAAUCUGAGACAAACCUAGAAAGAGCAAAGAGAACCCACCUUUCAAAAUUCCAGAAGAAACCAACAGACACUAGUGAAACUGUGAAGACGGACAGUUGUAGCACUGUAAAAGAAGGGGACCAGAAUUUUACAAAUACAGUUCCACGGGAUUCCCAGCCCUUCGUGGCAGACAAACAACAAAUGCACCAACUUCCUAGUAUCAAAUCAGAAGCAAACCUCAGCAGUGAAAUGAUUAAAAAUUUAGCUCCACAAACAAAAGAAAGCAUUGUUCCAGGCGAUGCUAUCUCAAGGACUGUAAAAGAAACUGACUUGCUUAUGAUCGAGCAAGAAGAGGUACCCAAACCCAUUCAGACACCUACAGAGUGUCCAUUGGUAUCUGAAGAUCCAAAGGAAAAUUGUGCCUCACCACCUGAGCAUAGGGGUCAGAGUGAACCGGUACAGGAUACAGCCAUACAAGAGGUCGAGAAACAAAAAGCUUCUCCAGGAACUGUGUCCAUACCACCCCGAGUUAAAAGUAAUGAAUUAAAAAUAGUGGCAGAUAGUCCAAGCGCAGAAAGUUUACUUCCUCUUUAUGAAGCAAUUAAAAACGUCUUUGUAUCCCAGGUAAAAAAUACGAUCAAAUUUUUUCCUACUAUACCGGAAAAAGUAAAAGAUGAUAAGCGUGAUGAUUGGAAAUCACCACCUUUGGCAGGGGGUCCAGAUACAACAUCCAUGACAAUACAUCCCAAACUGCAGCCUAAACCUAUUCUAGAAAAUUUUACUUGCAAAGAAAAAGUCAAGCUCACUAAUCAUUUAGAGUCAAAAGCACCUGAAAUAAAACUGAACUCGAUACCAGAGGUGGUAAAACAAUCCUUCCAAAAGUUCAGCUUUUAUCAAAAACUGGCUAUUUCAAGACUUAACAGUUGGAAGCUCUAUCCAAGACAUAAAAAUAUGUUCUUUUUGUCUCUGGAAGGGAUUGAUACUAUAGAAUUUAAACUAAAACUCAAAUACCAAAAAGACUCACCUCCUGUCAGCAGUAUGAACUCACUGAUUGUUAAUGUUUCAAGGGGCAGUGAAGAGAUCAUUACAAAGUUAAAGAGCAUAAGUGUGCUAGAAAGUGGAACAUCUUCAUUGACUUCUGCUAGAGAGAGAACAUUGCCUCAUAUUCUCCAAAACUACUCAGUAGGAGGAAAAAACAAACUUCUCAUACACUUUUCUGUGAAAACCCUGGAGAUUCAAAUGAAAGCCUUUCCCAGAAUCGUAAGAGAAUCUUACACAAUGGCCAGCGCUCAGGAUGGAAGGAAACUUUUAUCGAAAUGUAUCCAUUCUGGUGUCAAAGCACCAAAACGAAAAAACAGAGUUUUCUUACUUUUUGAGGAAAAAUCUCUUCAUCAAAUAGAUCUUGAUUUACAAUACAAAUACCUUCGUUUUCUCCUGGGUUCUUCAGUCGAAAGUAUGUUCCCUCAGCCAAAUGCAUUUCCCAAACAUGUUCUGAAAUUACAGACAGUUGCAAUAUGUAAAAAAGUAGAUGAUCGUGGAGAAAGUGGUGGUCUUUCCAUUAAUACAGAACCGUUAGAAGAACAUCUCUCUUUGAAAGAGGAAAGUUUCCAUGAAAACUCAUCAUUAGUCAGAAAUUUCUUGGAGCCUACCCAGGUGUGUGCCUCUGACCCUAAUCAACACAACAUAGUGCAGAAAGAUACCGUGGCUCUUUCUAAGUUACAAUCUCCUGUGACUCCCAAAAAAGAUAAACAAUGUCAUGUGUGGUUUCAAGAAACAAAUACGUGUGAAUCUGUUGAUUUAAAAACUCAGGAAAAAGCUCAGGAGUUGGUUGAUUCCCAUUCAAUUCAGAAUUCUGAAGAUUUUCCUGACAGUCAGACAAAUACUGAGAGUUCAGAUAACGUGGAGGAAUGUUCAGAGGUACACGAGAGUGAAGAAUGUAUGUUUUUAGAUGCCAACCUUUACUUAAGUCAGAAAUCACAGAAUAUUCUAUUUGAAUUACAGAAAGACAUGCCUUUGGAAAAUCUCUGCAAGAAGAAGAAAAUCGAAACUAAUUUGAAACCACUUUACAGGGAAGAUUCAGAUUCCCAUCAUAUUAGAGGCUGUCAAAAACAUUCCUUAGUUGUGACACCAUCUUCUUACGAAUCCCACAAGAGUAGGAAACAUAGGUCAUCCUCCAAAAUGCGACCUCCUGACUCGUGGUAUCACAGUUCCUCAAAUACUAUAGAGGUUUCAUCUAUAUCAUCUUCCAUUCCGUUCAGCGAAGAGCAGCUUUCACAGACUACAAGGAGCGGAAAAAGUUAUUCUUUAGUUCCCUUAACGGAAUCAAAUAUUAAAUUACAUCUUGCAAAAAGCCAAGGCAAACCUCACAGGCAUUUGGAAAGCAAAGAACGAAAGAAAGCCAAAUCGGAUUUAUUUAGAAAGAACAACACUGUGGAAUGUGAUGACAGUUAUACACAGAGUAAAGAGAAACACACAAGAAAGAAGAAAGUAAAGGAUUAUGAGUCAGAGAGAUCAGAUUAUUUCCCAAGCAAACAUAAGUCAGCAUCCAAACCUCAUCAAGAGGAUAUCAACUUCCAUUCUGAAAGAAAACAAAACCAGCCAUUUUUUUAUGCCUGUAUACCGGCAGACUCACUGGAGAUUAUGCCCCAAACCAUUCGCUGGACUAUUCCCCUCAACACUUUAAGGAAGAAAAACUUCAGAGUUCCCCUGGUGGCCAAGAUUUCAAGUUCUUACAAUAUAUGGAGUUCAUCCAAAAAGUUGUUGGGGUCACUCUUAGAGUCCUUCAGCCGAGUUCAUCAAAAAUGA